AUGGCAUCAUCUGCCUCCAUCUCUGUCAUUGCAGUAGUAUGUGUUACCUGCAUUUUGUUCUAUGGAAUUUAUUUGGAUACUGAGGUAGUUGUGUUUGUGGCAGCAUCUAAAUCAUCACCUCUAGAUCCAGAAAUGAAAGCUCUGCUGGAGACGAAGUGGUGGUCAAGUGCCGAGACCAACAAUUCCUCAAGUCCUGGCGAGUGCUAUGGUAUUUCUUGCACUGCCGGUGGAAGGGUCACAAAGAUUAACUUAGCUAAGAGCUAUUUGGAAGGUAAGUUGAAACUCAAAUUUUCUUCCUUCCCAAAUUUAUACUUUGUUGAUCUUCAUGGAAAUGGACUUCAAGGGAGCAUCCCUAGUGACAUAGGUACUCUAUCAAACCUCACCGUCCUUGACCUGUCCUUCAAUCAACUUACAGGUGAGAUACCUCUUUCCAUCGUAAACCUCACCCAAUUACUGAUAUUUGACAUUGCUUCUAACAACAUCCAUGGUUUCAUUCCCUUGGAAAUAGGCAACAUGGAGAGCUUGAAUCUCUUGUACCUUAGUUUGAACAAAAUUAUUGGUUCCAUCCCAACAGGAAUAGGAAACUUGAAGAAUCUGAUGCGUUUGCACCUCAAAUCUAACAAUCUCAUUGGUCCAGUCCCUACUACUCUUGCUGGUUGCUCAUAUUUGCAAGAGUUGAUAUUGAGCCACAACUACUUGACUGGAUGCUUUUCCCAUCGCUUCGUUGACCUUUAUUGGCUAAAUACUAAUCUCAGUCACAACUUUUUCAGUGGAGAGAUACCAGGUAAACUUGGGGGUUCGGGCCAUUUAUCAAUCUUAUAUCUCAGCUACAAUAAUCUUACAGGUAACAUCCCCCUCUCUCAUUUCUAUACAAGAUGUUGA